CCGUGUGCCUCGUGCUCUACCAUAUCUACAUCAGCAUGUGGGCGUACUGGCGCGAGCGGGCGGACCGGCAGAUUUUCCUCCUCCGCCAGCAGCUGCGUGCGCAGUACACCGAGUUGCAGACGGCGCAGACGAUGGAGCGCCGCGCAGAGCACAGCAAGAAGCAGUUCGUCUCGUACAUCUUCCACGAGGUGCGCGUGCCGCUCAACACGGCCAUGCUAGCCGUCCAGAACCUCGAGGGCGAGGGCGUGCUGAAGGGCCUCGACGAGGACCAAGAGGUUAUGGUGCACGGAUUGACGUCGAGUCUCGGCAUGAUGGAGAAGGUUUUGAACGAUGUGUUGUCGUUCAAUCGCAUGGAGUCUGGAAAACUCACACAGGCGCGUAAGCCCUUCGAUUUCCACAAAUCGGUCCAGGUCGUGGCGCUCUCACAUCGAGGGCAGGCGGACGCACGGCACGUGGAGUUCAGCAUGGUCCUGGAUCCCCGCAUUGACAACCUCGGCUUGCUGGUUGGCGACGAAAUGCGACUCCGACAAAUGCUGAGCAAUCUCGUUUCCAAUGCCCUCAAGUUCACGCGCGCAGGCAAUGUCAAGGUCGUGACCACCCUGCUUGCACCAUCUGAGGAGGACAAUGUCGCCGUGAUCGACGAAGGCGCGCCCAGCGACGGCACCUUCGGGACGGGGACCACUGCGGUUUCAGAUAAAGAGCGCGAUGUCGAACUGGGUCUCAUUCCAGACGAGAAGCGCCUCUCCCUCGUUCCGCCCUCAAGCGUGUCGAGGCGUUCGCGCGAAAAGCGCUUCGCUAUCGUGCGCAUCGAAGUGCACGACUCCGGCCCGGGCCUGAGACCCGGCGACCUCGUCGACAACCGCCUCUUCUCACCCUAUGUCCAGACGGAGAUAGGACGACGGCAAGGCGGCAAGGGUUCGGGACUCGGCCUCGCGCUCGUGAUGCAGCUCGUCAAGAUCAGCGGUGGGCGCCUCGGCGUCGACUCGAAGCUCGGCGUGGGCAGCACAUUCUGGUUCGAGCUGCAGUAUCCGAUUUUCGACGCGCCGCCGCACACGGCGCCGGCGUCGCCUUCCCUCUUCGGCUCGCCGACCCGGAAGCGGCGAUGGGGCUCGACGGGCUCGGAGGCGUUGAUUGAGCUGCGCAGCGCGCCAGACCGCACGCGCCCGACAGUGCGCCCGCGCCUCUCGUCCCUCCCUGAACGCGUGGGUGGCGCCACGGAAAGUGGGACCGAUCAGCCAUGUCCCCGCCCGAGCUCGCGCGCAGACAGCAACGCGAGCGUGAGCACAUGCGCGUCUAUGCAGGUCUGGGACGAGCAGUGGGGUCUGACGGCGUCGUGCACGCCGCCAGAGAGCGGUGCCGCCUCGCCCCUGUCAAAUACAGCGGCCAACUUCCCGCCCAUGACGACGGUGAUCUCGCCGACGACGACGGCGCCGCCCCCCGCGCCCGGUGUGCCGCCGCCCGAGCCACCCGCACCCUCCCUCGCAGCACCCGUAACGCUUGCGCCGCGCACGCCGCCACGCACGCCGCGGACCACGCGUCAGCGCAUUGGGGAUGGACUGAGCGUCCUCGUCGUCGAUGACGACACACUCACGCGCCGUCUCAUGACCCGCAUGUUGCAGCGCCUCGGCGCGGACGUGCGCAACGCCGAGAACGGGCAGGGCGCGCUCGAUGCCAUCGCGUCCACCGAGUUCGACGUCGUCUUCCUCGACAACCAGAUGCCGCUCAUGUCGGGCGUCGAGGCGGUGCGCGUGCUCCGUGACCGCGGGAACCACCUCUUCGUCGUUGGGUGCACCGGCAAUGCGCUCGAAGAGGACCAGCACGAGUACCGCUCAGCCGGCGCCGACGCCAUCCUCCCCAAACCCGUGCACCAACAGGACAUGGAGGCCAAGCUUGUGGAGGCGCGCGAGCGGAAGCGGCUGCGUGAGGGCGGGGGCAGCACGAGCUCUGGGAGCGGGGGAUCGACGCCGGAGACCACGCCAGAGUUGGAGAAGGAAGGGGCGGGUAAGGGAUCUGCCGGGUCGGAGGAGAGUGCAACACAUGGCAAAGGAGCAGAUGGGAAGAGAGAAUAGGAUUGUUUCAAACAGUUGUUGUAGGCAUUAUGCUCGCAUGCUCGCCC